UCUCGCUGGAGCUCCCAUUACCACCGCAGCGGAGCUUCCCCAAAGCUCGAGCUUUCCCAUCCCAUCGCCAACGAUAAGGCCGGCCACUCAACAUCGCAAAACCAAAACCAUCAUCUCCCAUAUUGCUUGCUUUGGCAGAUCAAUGGCCCACGAAACGAAAAUUACGAUCCUAAACCUAAAGUAGUUGCAAGACCUCGAAUCGCCCGUCAGCGCGCCUCGGCUUGCGCUCCCUCCCCCUCUCCGCCCCCCCGGGGCCGCCAAUACCCAGGAGACCUAUCCCAAAAGUAAGGGAGAAGAAGAAAACGAAAAGAUUUAAAAAGGAAAAAAAUAAAAAGAAAAGAAGAGAGAUAUAGCUAGGAAACAUGCGCCCCCCACACCUCCUACCGACCCUCUGCUCCCUCGGCACCCUCCUCCUACUCCAAGCCCCCGGCGCACAGGCCGUCUUCCGCGACGAGGUCGGCCACAUCGACUACCACCACCAGCUUCUGGGCCUGCCCCAGCGCGAGACCACCUUCUUCCACCGCCCCCGCCGCGAUGACCGCGCCAGCCUGCUCUACACCCUCAGCGACCUCGGCGUCCUCGGCGCCGUGAACCCGGGCACCGGCGAGGUCGUCUGGCGGCAGUCGGUAUCGGGAUCCGGAUCCGGCGGACCGAACGCGGACCCGGGCGGCCGGACUCGGGAAGACGGCGGCAGGGGCGUCCGCGGCUUCAUGCGGGCCGGCGAGGGGGAAGGGUGGGUCGUCAGCGCGUACGGCGGCGCCGUGCAUGCGUGGGACGCGGUGAGUGGGAGGAACAAGUUCUGGGUGCGGCUUGGCGGCGGCGGCGGCGGCGGCGUGGAGGUGGUGAGGGACCUGGAGGUCGUGGAGUUGACGGAGAGCGGGCCCGGCAGGAAGGACGUGCUGGUGCUGUCGGAGGAGGGCGAGCGCGCGGCGACGGUGGCGCGCCGGCUCAGCGCCGAGGACGGGAGCGUGGUGUGGGAGUUUCGGGAGGUGACGGGGGACCUGCCGCUGCAGGUGAGCACCAACCUGGAAAAGGUGUUCGUCGUCAGCCUGAAGGGGGCCCCCGGAGCGUACAGCCUCAAGGUCACCGUGCUCGAUCCCGUCACGGGGAGGAAGCUGGACGAGAUGACGGUCGGGUCGAGGGCGGACGUGCACGACAGGCAGGACGUCGUGCUCGUCGGCGCCAACUCGGCCGCGCCGGUCGUCGCCUGGACCGACCACGCCCGCAGGACGCUGUGGGUCAACGUGCUGGGUACCAAGACGCGCCACGAGUUUCCCCUGCCCGCCGACACGGUCGAGGUCGAGGUCCACGCGCCGCACCUCGCCCAGUCGCAGCCGCACUUUUUGGUCCACAGCAAGACGGCCGCCGGCCACCGCGGCGAGGUCUUCCACGUCGAUCUGAAGACGAAUGCCGUCUCCAAGGCCUACAGCCUGCCGCUUCUUCCUGGCCCCGGCGCCUUUUCCACGAGCUCCGACGGCGCCAACGUCUACUUCACCCGCAUCACCGAGGAUGAGGUGGUUCUGCUGUCGUCGCAGUCUCACGGCGUGCUCGGGCGCUGGACGCUGAAGACGGGUGACCCGAAUGCUGCCGCCGUCGUCCACGCAGUGUCCGAGGUGGUCAAGAAGGGCGGCGGUUCGGGGGACAGCUACGCGGUGCGGGCAGCGGCGGUAACCGACCUGGACGACUGGGUGCUGAUUCGCAACGGCGAGUCCGCCUGGACUCGUCACGAGGGCAUGAGCGGGGGAGUUGCGGCCACGUUUGCCGAGAUCCCCGAGAGCGAGGACCUGGCUAGGUCGCUCGAGGUCGAGGCGCACAGCAACCCCGUGCAGGCUUACAUCCACCGAGUCAAGCGCCACAUCAAUGACUUGCAGUACCUCCCGGCCUGGAUCGACAGCAUCCCGUCGAGGUUCAUGAGCAGCGUCCUCGGCAAGGAUGUGCCUUCCACCACCGGUAAGCUGGCCCGGGACAGCUUUGGCUUCCACAAGCUGGCCGUCUUGGCCACGAGGCGCGGGAUGCUCUACGCUCUCGAUGUCGGCAACGGCGGCAGAGUGGUGUGGCACAAGCGGGCCUUUACGAUCCCCAAGGCCAGCAAGUGGGACGUCAAGGGAAUCUACGCCCACGAAUCCACGGGCGAGGUCACCAUCCUCGGCUCCAACAAUGACUUCGUCGUCUUGAAGGGCGAUACUGGCGAGAUCAUCGAGGCGAAAAGCCCCAGCCCCGAGGCCACCACUCAGGCUACCGCUCUGGUCGACACCUAUUCUGGCAAGCAACUCAUCCGGAUCGGGCGCGACGGCAAGAUUGGUGACCUCCACGUCUACAAGGCCCCGAGGCAGACCGUGGUGACACGGGGCGCCGCAGGCGAGCUCAGGGGCGUCGUCUUUGUCGCCAACGGCACGAGCUCGUACGAGUCGACCUCGUGGACCUUCUCCCCGCCGCAGGGCCAGAGGAUCGUAAACAUUGCGACCCGCCCGGCCCACGACGUCGUCGCCUCCAUCGGCCGUGUCCUCGGCGAUCGCACCGUCAAGUACAAGUACCUCAACCCCAACACGCUCGUCGCCGCCGCCGUCAACGACAAGGCCCAGACGCUGACCGUCUAUCUCCUCGACACCGUCUCAGGCCAGAUCCUCUACUCGGCCCAGUACGAGGGCAUCGACCUCGCCAAGCCCAUCGAGUGCGCCAUGGCCGAGAACUGGUUCGUCUGCACCUACUUCGGCCAGUACGCGCUGCGCGACAACGCCGCCCAGUCCCUCAGGGGCUACCAGAUCCUCGUCGCCGACCUCUACGAGAGCACCGAGGCCAACGACCGCGGCCCGCUCGGCGCCGCCGGCUCCUACUCCUCCAUCGGCCCGGUCGACGUCCCCACGGCGGACGGCGUCCUCCGCCCCGCGGUGACGUCCCAGUCGUACGUCCUGAGCGCGCCCAUCUCGGCGCUGCAGGUCACCCAGACCCGCCAGGGCAUCACGUCGCGGCAGGUGCUCGCCUACCUGCCCGAGUUGCACGGCAUCGUCGGCAUCCCCCGCGCCGUCCUCGAGCCGCGCCGCCCCGUCGGCCGCGACCCCACCCCGGCCGAGGCCGAGGAGGGCCUGAUCCGCUACCACCCGGCCAUCGAGGUCGACCCCAAGACCGUCGUCACCCACGAGCGCGACGUCCUCGGCGUCGACCGCAUCAUCGCCACCCCCGCCGUCGUCGAGAGCACCAGCCUCGUCCUGGCCUACGGCGUCGACGUCUUCGGCACCAGGGUCGCCCCGAGCUUCCUUUUCGACAUCCUAGGCAAGGGCUUCAACAAGGUCGCCCUGGUCGGGACCGUCUUGGCCUUGCUGGUCGGGGUAAUCAUUCUGGCGCCGGUGGUGAAGAGGAAACAGAUCAAUCUGAGGUGGCAGGCCCCAAUGUAGAAAUGCAUUAUCUCUGAGGAUCUUCUCUCUUUCUUAUUGGGACUUUGCUAUUUUAGACAUAAUGCACGCGUGGGAAAUACAAAACAUCGCCAUUUUUUUUUUGUGUGUGUGUGUUUUGAUGCUUUCCGUGGGCAAAAUAUUCUGCUAGUCCUGCUGCCAUGGUUGGGCAUCCACUUGCCCUAGAUUUGUCGCUCUAACGUGGUGACCGAUCAAUGCUUCAGUGUGAGUGAGCUUCGAUCAACCAGGAAUGUCAACAAACGGAGCGGCC